AUCAUGACCAAAGACCCUGGUGUCAAGUUUGAUGACAUUGCUGGCCUGCACAAGGCGAAAAAUUUGAUCAAGGAAAUUGUCAUCUGGCCCAUGAUGCGGCCUGAUAUUUUUACCGGCCUCCGCUCCAUUCCCAAAGGCGUGUUGUUAUUUGGGCCCCCGGGAACGGGCAAGACCAUGAUUGGCAAAGCCAUUGCGACCGAAGCUCAAUCCACGUUCUUCAGCAUCAGUGCUUCAGCCCUCACUUCCAAAUGGGUCGGCGAGGGCGAAAAGCUCGUCCGCGCCCUCUUUGCUGUUGCUCGCGAGAACCUGCCUGCCACCAUUUUUAUUGACGAGAUUGAUUCACUGCUGAGCUCGCGCACUGAUUCGGAAAACGAAGGUAGCCGACGCAUCAAAACUGAAUUCUUGGUGCAGCUUGAUGGUGCCACAACGGAAAAGUCGGAGCGACUUUUGGUUCUCGGCGCCACCAAUCGCCCGCAGGAGUUGGAUGAGGCAGCUCGCCGACGACUUUCGCGGCGCCUUUAUGUGCCGCUGCCGGAUGAGUUGGGCCGCGAGGCCCUGAUCCGCAUUAGUCUUCAAUCGGAGCGACACGCUCUUUCGGACGAACACGUACAGGCCAUUGUUCAGCGUACGGCCGGCUAUUCGGGCGCUGAUGUGGUCGAGCUGUGCAAGGAAGCCUCGUUUAUCCCCCUGCGUGAGUGUGGAGAUAAGCUCCUCACCAUCGACAAGGCUGAGGUGCGCGCCAUCUCGUACGAGGAUCUUGUCAGUGCAUCCGCUUCAGUCAAGCCCAGCGUGGCGCCAACCGAGAUCACGGCGUACGAAGCCUGGAAUGACCUCUUUGGCAGUGGUGCUACGACUUGA